AUGACACCGUAUGAGGCCCUAUAUGGGAGGAAGUGUAGAUCGCCCAUCUGCUGGGGUGAGGUGGGCAAGAGGAAAUUACUAGGGCCUGAAAUAGUCCAGAUAACUUAUGAGAAGAUUGCCUUAAUUAAAGAGUGGCUCAAGACGGCCCAAAGUCGGCAAAAGCGUUAUGCCGAUAAUCGCAGGAGAGACCUCGAGUUUGAAGUAAGUGAUCGAGUCUUCUUCAAGAUAUCACCGACCAAGGUUAUUACGAGAUUUGGCAAAAAAGGAAAGUUGUGCCUGCGGUAUAUUGGGCCCUUAGAAGUUCUGGAAAGAGUUGGGAACAUGACGUAUCGACUUGCCCUGCCACCUGAACUGGCUAAUAUUCACAAUGUCUUUCAUGUAUCAUUGAUGAGGAGCUAUCAACCUGACCCUUUCCAUGUUUCGGAAUAUGAACCAAUCCCACUCAAGGAGGGCUUGACCUAUGUUGAACAACCAAUUGGGUUAUUAGACCAGAGAAUACAAGUUUUACGUAAUAAAAAAAUUCCCCUGGUUCAAGUGCAAUGGCAGUAUCACUCAAGAGCUGAAACAAAAUGGGAACGAGAGGAUGAAAUUUGUGAGAAAUACCCUCACCUUCUUGAUUGA